AUGCCAGAAUACGACACGCGCACUGUGCCUGCCCCCAUUAAACUAUCCAUCUUCGCAGUAGUCAUUGCCUCCUCCUAUCCUGCUGCUCUGUCCUGCAUAAUCUCUGACCCCUGGGAGGUGCUUGUGACUCUCCUUGCAGGAUCUCUCUCUUUUCUCGCUAUCAUUGGGAAAAGCACAAAAACAAAGCUGACUGUAUCCUCAGCUGCCUCUUUCCUUCUCUUCUUCCUGCCCUCUGGGUAUUUCAGGGCGUUCUGUGUAGGGUUUCUUCUAGCGUACUCCCAGACAGUUGCUGAGAUACACACCUCCCGUCUCUCGCUCUCUCCCUUCAGGGAUCUUGCCAUCUCUCUGCUGGGCAUCCUGAUGACAAUGCAGGCCUGCGUGUUUUUCUUCUUUUUGUCUUUUAUCCCUGGGUUCGCCCCUAUCUUCCAGUCCUUCUUUUUUGUUCUUGCUCUUGUCUGCCUCCAGGUCGCGCUAGUUGUGCUCUGUGCUCCCACGCCGCCUGUUGAGCUGAUCAACCCGCAGGACGCAUCUGCUCUGUACGGCCCUGUCUACAACAAACUCUCGAGAAUCUUCAAAGACACGCCUUUCUCCUGCUUCUAUGACGAAUACUCUGAGCUGGUCAGCAGAUACAGCACAGACAAGAGGAAGACAGCCAACAGAGUCUCUUCCAUCAUAGAAAAAGUGAAUAUAUCGUUCAUUUCCACAGGAAUAGUGGGCCUACUCUCCACCAUAUCCAACACAUCCAUGUAUCUGACUAUUUUUACGUCUGUUACUAUGUUUAAAUGGAUAUACGCCAACAAGUACCCCAAGGACUACAUAAUAUUAACAGUAAUUAGCACGCUGGUGGUGCUUGUGUCUAUAUUUAUAUACGAUAUACAGCCCAUCUUUAUAAUCCUGAUGGGCUGCAGCUUGUAUCUUGUUCCCUCGUAUAACACGUACCUGUGCUUGGAUAGCUAUGUAAUCGGCGUGUCUAACACCAUACGCAACACUCUAGGAACAAUAGUCUACAUAAUUCUGGAAAGAGAGCAGUAUAUAACUAAAUUAUACUAG